UGAGGAGCGCCCCCUGUUGCGCUCCAGGGUGAAGUACAGUGGGACCGACAGGAAGUGGAAUGGCUAUCUUACAGAUCGGCUGUGAUAACAGCUCGAUGCGGACCUGCCGGGCUUUAAUUCCCUUUAACUGUGACCCUGAUCGCUCUGAAGUUGAUUCCAGUAGAGUCAACACAGAAGUGGGAGGCAGCUUGUCUGUGGUUUUAUGUCCCUGUAACUUGAAACCAACCAUUACUGACAAGAGAGACGUUUUUGACCAAAACUGUGGUCCUGCUAACAUUUCAGAGUGAAGGAGGAGCAGCAGCAGCCUACCUGGUCCCUUUAGCCCACACCUCUAUAAUGUCCCCACGGCUCCGCCCACACUGACCGUCUUCUCCCCGGCGUGCAGAAAGACACGGCUAGUAUGCAGCAGAACUGUCGCAGCUUUUCCACGAAGUGGCGCUGCUGAGAAACGAUCAGUCGGGGCUGUACUGCCGGCGCCGCCAUGGAUGACUUCACUACAAGGACGUAUGGCACGAGUGGCCUGGACAACAGACCGCUGUUUGGAGAGACAUCCGCUCGGGAUCGAAUCAUCAACACGGCGGUGGGGGGAUUUACGUCUGUGGUGGUUCUGGUGACUGUCAUCUGUUCCUUUGUGUUUCCCACGAUGCCUCCGCGGCCGCUGAACAUCUUCUUCGCCGUGUGCAUCCUGCUGACCUGCAGCUCUACGUUAGUGCUGAUAUUCUGGUACCGGCAGGGCAACCUGGAGCCCAAAUUCAGGAAUCUGAUCUACUUCAUGCUGGCGUCCAUCGUGCUGCUGUGUAUAUGUGCCAACCUCUACUUCCAUGACGUCAGGUAAAGGCAGGGCCAAGGAAGCGGGAACAAGGGAACACGUAGCCUUCAUGAGCAGGACCAGCGUGAAGGAGUCACAUGACCAAAAUAAUAACUGUUACAUAAACUUGAACCUGGUGUGGAAUCAGCACCAGUGGGAACUGUGCACAGAGACUUGACUCAGUGUGGGAUGAUGAUGAUGUACUGUAAGAGACAAACUGCUGGAGCACAACACACAGUCGACUGUUUAUACGCACAAAAAAUCCACCUCUGAUUCUCAGAGUCGCUUUAAAUCUGACGUCUUUUACAUUUAGCUUUCCUUCACUCUCACGUUUGAUCUGCAGUUCUUUAAAGAUAUGAGUUUUGAUCAUUAAACUCCAACAAAACGCCAUCAAAGGUCCCAUUAACAGGACAGCAGGAGGCAGGGAUGCAGGCUGGAUGUCAGAGAGCUCCUUUACUCACCAGCUUCGCUCUGUUUUUUCCCACCCCACUCAUAUUUAAGGGGCCGACAACACCAGAGAGGAAGUGUCUAAAAACAAAACCUGUAGUUCCUCUAGUGGCCACUAGAGGCUGGCACCAGCAGUGAGUCGGUAGACUCCCUUGUUAAAACACAGAAAUAAACAUAUUUUUAUCCUGAUACACUGUUCAAACCUUUAACAGCUGCAGCAGAGAUGAACCAUGGUGGUGCCCAACAAACCUGAGACAUCACAAUGGCCAUGUCCAUCUUUUAUAUACAGACUGUGGACAUUAUGAAGGCAUAAACAUGUUUUAUCCUAAAUCUACUUCCAAAGUGGACUCUUCAGAACAAUUCAAACAUUCAAACAUAGACAAGCUCACAAAGGGAACAAAGGACCAGGCCACUGUCAUACCAUAACCUCAUCUUAUCUGUUAGUCUGAGAAUCUGCUAAUUAUGGAUUAUAGUAUGCCAUGCCACCACCACCCCUUCUCAGGAGAGAAAACGGAAGCUAAUGGUGGUGUGUGUGGUCUGUUACCAUUAACUAAUAUAAAAACCCAUAGUGGUGCAUUCAGGGGGCUUUCUGUCCUCAGAUGUAUUCUGCUGCUGUUACCUGCUCAGGUGAGAACCAGGUGGGCUUUUCCUUUAACCUGGAUGCAGGCUGUGAGCAUGGAGGGAAGCAGCAGUUCAGUACUGUAGACGUUAGCAGGCGGCUGUAGCAGCACAUCGGAAAUAUGCAAACCUGUGUUUUCUCCGUCUGUCGGCUUCUGAUAACCGUGUAUAUAAUUACUGUCCACAUGUGGCUGAGAGGAU